CCGCUAUUUGACGUACAGUUUAUUUUUUAAUUAGUUUUAAGUAUAAAAUGAAUAUGUUUUGUUGUUUUGAAGGUAACUAUAGCAAAAAUUUCGUGUAAAAUAAGCAAUAAAAAUAUUUCGUUGACGCCACCACAUAUCCGCGAGUUCCGCCAAGAGAGCAACGAUUUGGCAACGAUGCCCUAACGGAGGCUGUAAUUUGGUAAAAUGGCAGCGAGUAAUCCGGAUUAUAAGAGCGCAACUUCUAUUCAUGAGUUUACGGUGAAAAACAUAAAGGGUGAAGAUGUGAAACUGGAUGUAUACAAGGGCCAUGUUUGCAUCGUAGUAAAUGUUGCAUCGCAGUGCGGUUUGACCGCUAACAAUUACAAACAACUCAACGAGCUUUACGAACAAUACGCGGAGAGCAAAGGUCUGCGUAUUUUGGCGUUCCCUUGCAACCAGUUCGCCGGUCAGGAGCCAGGAGACCCUGAGGCUAUUGUGUGCUUUGCUAAAGACCGCAAAGUCAAGUUUGAUUUAUUUGAAAAAAUCGAUGUGAAUGGUGACAAUGCUGAUCCUCUAUGGAAGUUCCUAAAGCAUAAGCAGGGAGGCACCCUGGGCAGCUUCAUCAAAUGGAACUUCACCAAGUUCAUUGUUGACAAAAAUGGCAUUCCAGUGGAGCGCCAUGGGCCAAACACUGACCCACUUGACCUUGUUAAGUCCCUGGAAAAGUACUGGUAGCUUCAACCAUUGUAAUGUAGCUAAGGGAAAAUGAUUCAUAAUAAGACUAAGAGUACAUAGCAGUGGUGGGGCAUCAAACAUAGCCCUUGGGCAAGCUGAGGAAACUUUUACCUAAAUUUUCUUUUGGACCUGGUCUGGUGAUGUGCUGUUUUGUCUCAAAUUAAACAAUCCAGUUAAUAUCGACUUCUAUGGACUCCCCACCGCUACAAGUUAAAGGUUGUUGUUUUAUGACAUGUUUUGGAUUAGUCUAUGGAGGAUUAUUUGGAUCUUACAGCAAUCAUUUCAUAAAAAUCCGAAAUCAGCAACUAAACAAAUAUGUUGUCCAUUAAGGGAUAAAACAAAAAAUAUUAACCCAACCCAGAUGAUACCUUUUUAAAUUAUUAUGGAACAGUUUAUAUUCUCUUAACUAUAUAUAUAUCUAUAUACUAUACUAUAUCGUCUAUAUCUAUGCUUCACAAUAUGUUGGUUAAAGUUGCAUAAUAACUUUUAUACUACAAUAUUUAACAGGGUCACCCCUCAAUGUUAUCAGUCAAUAUCUCACCUUGAUGCAUAUGUGUGCCUAUGCAUUGUAAACAUGUUUUGUUUUUAAAAUGAUUUAAAUAUAAAUACAAGUAUAAUUACUAUUACUUAUAAAAUAGAAUUAAGGGGCUUAUUAGCAUUUGGAUAUCUUUUUGACACUAUAGUUGUAAGAAGGCACAUACAUUUAUAUAAGAAAAAAAAAGAGCAUCACUGUGACUACACUACUUUAUCUUGAAUAUCUUGGAUUUACGAAUGUCUAUGAUUGGCUGAAUAACACCAAUGUCACUGUUUAUAAUAAUCAUUUUUUAGUGCUGUGAAAUUAUACCUAUUGUUUUCAAAAUAUAUUUUUUUGUUGA